AUGUUUGGAUUUCAGGGGGCGCGUGGAAUUGCUAUUAACUCCAGCAAAUGCAGUGAGUCAACCGUCAACGUGUCAGUUGGCUGUGACAUCAUCGGUCUUACGUUAGACCCGAUGUUACUGAUUGAUGGCGCCUUACCAUCAGGACCUUAUAUUGCUUCUAUACCAGUCUUCUUUACGUGCCAAACAACAUACAUGCAUGCUCUCUCUGACUUCAACAUGUGCAACGGGCCAAGUGGUUGGUUAACUUCACCAGAGAACUACGAUUGUCUCGCUCCAUGCCCCAAAGACACAUGGAGCAACGUGGAUGUGACCUUGACAACAGGGCAGUACUUUUCUAGCGAUGGCGUCUAUGAGCACAACAGCGGCUUGGACUUUUCAUGCUCAGUUGGAACUUUGGAAGGAACCUCUACAACAUUCUGUGAGGAUGGAAACUGGAGUCCCGAUGCCUCCUCUGUCAAAUGCAAUCGGCUAUUCCUUCAAGGCCAGCCUUGUACCUUGUUUGCCGGUCUUGUUUCUUCGAGAAGAAGUUAG